AUUAGACGUCGCCUCGAUAGCCGCUAUCAUUGCUAUCACGGCUAUCAGGGCUAUCAUUGCCGAAACUAUCGCGAGUGGAUAGUUAUCACACAGAGUCUCCGGUUGACAGACGUGUUCACAAAGACUCAAGAAUGAGUGAAGUGAAGCGCUACACAUUCGCGGAGGUGUCCUCACGCGACGGCAGCAACGGCCAGCCGCUGUGGAUCGUCUACAAGGACUCUGUGUAUGAUCUCACCAAGUACAUCGACGAGCACCCGGGCGGCACGGACACGAUACUGGAGGAUGCUGGGAAAGACGCGUCGCGCUCGUUCGAUGACGUCGGCCACUCGUCCGACGCGCGCCAGAUCCUCGUCAAAUAUAAGAUCGGAGAGAUUGUUGAGGAAGAGAAACGAUACGAUGCCAAUGGUAAGAAGAAGAAGCGGGUGGUGGCUGCGAAACCUGAUGACAAGCCGACCACCAGGAGCUGCUUCAACAUCAUCACCUGCGGCCUACUGGGCUGACCGAGUCAUCACAACGGCCGUACUUAUCUAUAGACGACAGCAACUCUAACCUUCCUAGUCUCUUAGUCUUUUAUAGAUUUUUGAUAAAGGUAAAUCUAUCGAUGAUAGCCUUAGGUAUAAAAAUGACAAACGCACGACUGUUUCUACAUACCUACAUAUUUAAUUAUUUUUACAAUAUUAUUAAGUGUGGGAGAGUCAAGCUCGAAUGGGCUGACUCGAUCGGAGUGAUACCACGGCUUCACAGAAAACCGGCGUGAAGCAACACUUACGUUGUUUUUAGUUUCGUAAACCCCCAACAACACGAAAGAGGCCGGCAACGCACUUGUAGUAAGUCCUUUGGUAUUACUAGUGUAGUGUUCAUGGGCGACACCGAAUGCUUACCAUCAGGUAAUUA